CAAGCUGGGGCGACGCCUGUCAGUCAGGCCUGCCGGUUCCUGCUCAGAAGCCGCUAGCGGACCGGGAGCGGCGGUCGCUGGGCGAGACUUCGGUGGAGUCCCGCCCGUUCCCUAGCCCGACGAGUGGACACGAUGCGGUUGGGCUCCGGGGCCUUCGCUGCCAGCUGCGUAGCGAUUGAAGUGCUUGGGGUCGCGAUCUUCCUGCGGGGAUUCUUCCCGGCUCCCGUUCGCUCCUCUUCCAGGACCGAGCACCGAGCAGAGCCCCCGGCGCCCGAGCCUGCUGCUGGAGCCCGUUCCAACUGGACCAAGCUGCCACCUCCUCUCUUCAAUAAAGUUGUCAUUGUGCUGAUAGACGCCUUGAGAGAUGAUUUUGUGUUUGGGUCAAAGGGUGUGAAGUAUAUGCCCUACACAAGUUAUCUUGUGGAAAAAGGAGCAUCUCACAGUUUUGUGGCUGAAGCAAAGCCACCCACAGUGACUAUGCCUCGAAUCAAGGCAUUGAUGACAGGGAGCCUCCCUGGCUUUGUGGAUGUCAUCAGGAACCUCAAUUCUCCUGCACUACUGGAAGACAGUGUGAUCAGACAAGCAAAAGCAGCUGGGAAGAGAGUGAUCUUUUAUGGAGAUGAAACAUGGGUUAAGUUAUUCCCAAAGCAUUUUGUGGAAUAUGAUGGAACAACCUCAUUUUUUGUGUCAGAUUAUACAGAGGUAGAUGAUAACGUCACAAGGCAUUUGGAUACAGUAUUAAAAAGAGGAGAUUGGGACAUGCUAAUCCUCCACUACCUGGGCCUGGACCACAUUGGCCACAUUUCUGGGCCCAACAGCCCCCUGAUUGGGCGCAAGCUUAGUGAAAUGGACAGCAUCCUGAUGAAGAUUCACACCUCACUGCUGUCCAAGGAGAGAGAGACUCUCUCACCCAGUUUGCUGGUUCUUUGUGGGGACCACGGCAUGUCGGAGACGGGGAGUCAUGGGGCCUCUUCCACAGAGGAAGUAAGCACACCUCUGAUCCUAAUCAGCUCUUCAUUUGAAAGGAGACCCGGGGACAUCCGACACCCAAAGCGUGUCCAGCAGACUGAUUUGGCUGCAACACUGGCAAUUGGACUUGGUUUGCCAAUUCCUAAAGACAGUGUGGGGAGUCUCUUAUUCCCAGUUGUAGAAGGGAAACCAGUGAGGGAACAACUGAGAUUCUUACACCUGAACACAGUGCAGCUCAGCAGGUUGCUGCAGGAGAACAUGCCAUCUUAUGAGAAAGAUCCCGGAUUUGAACAGUUUAAAAUGGCCGAAAGAUUGCAUGGGAACUGGGUCAAACUACACUUGGAGGAAAACCGUUCAGACGUCCUGCUCAGCCUUGGAACCAAGGUGCUCAGGCAGUACCUGGGUGCACUGAAGACCCUGAGUCUGUCUCUGAGCACACAAGUGGCCCAGUACGAUAUCUACUCGAUGGCAGUGGGGACUGUUGUGGUUUUGGAGGUUCUCACCCUGCUCCUCCUCAGCAGCCCACAGGCGCUGCGCAGAGGGGCUGACCUGGAAGUUCCUCUGCGGUCUCCUGUGUUUUCCCUGCUCUUUUAUUUGGUAUUCCUCGUUCUUUCGGCCAUUCACGUCAUAGUGUGCACCUCAGCCACAAGUUCCUGCUACCUCUGUAGCCUCCCGUGGCUGGUGGCAGGAGGGCUGAUGGUUCUGGUUUCCGCACUGCUCUGUGCAAUUGUCUCCACUCUCACCCGGACUGUCAUCGAGAGCACUCUCCUGAGGAAGAAUGCAGCUCUCCCCAGCUCCAGGUGGUCAGAGAUGGACCUUCUCCUGAUGCUGGGCACAGCAGGCCACGUCCUGAGCCUGGGUGCCAGCAGCUUUGUGGAAGAGGAGCAUCAGACCUGGUACUUCCUGGUCAAUACCCUGUGUCUGGCUCUGAGCCAAGAAGCCUGCCGUAGCUGCUUUCCAGGAGAUGACAGCAAGCCUCAGCACAGUGUCCACAUGCUGCAGGACAGUGCAGUCUACAGAGCCCCCAUACUCCACAGAGCAGGCCACACCUCCCCCUCCUCAGAAGCACUUGGGGGCCACGCACGGUGGGCUAUCCUGGCAAGCCCCUGGCUGGUGCUGGCCUGUUGCCGACUGCUGCGGUCCCUGAACCAGACGGGAGUGCAGGGAGCCCACAGGCCUGACCUCGGCCUCUGGCUCACCAGCUCUGACCAUAAGGUGGAGCUCUCUGGUCUGGCCGCUCUCUCCCUGCUGGUGAUCUUCUUGUUGGUUCAGAGAGGGUGCUCCCUAGUGUCCAGAGCAGCUUUGGCACUGGGGCUGCUGGGUGUUUUCUGCUACAGGGCAGCCAUUGGGAAUGUGCUGUUUCCAUGGCAACCAGGCGACAAAGGCUUUUCAAAGAGAGAAAGAAAACUUGGAAAUAAGGUCAUUGAGAUAUGACUGUAGAGAUGAGAAGGUGACAGUGAGUGCUGCUCCCCAGCAGGUGGGAGAGGAAGCAGAGAGCCUCGUAAUUUACAGUGUGCUCCCAGAGGGCCAGGAGCUCGUGCCACGCCUAUCAGGAGCACUCAGUCACCACUGUUUCUACCUGCUGGUGGCCUCUUCUGCUUGGGGGUAUGGUGGUACAGGCUCUGCCUACUCCUGAGAGGUGGCAACCAUAGCUACCCCUUUGACAGGCUGUCUUUCUUCUUAAGCAGCUCUUGAGGUAAGGCAGAGGGCAGGAGGGAUGGAGACGCAGGCAUGCUCCCUGAGGCAUCCCUUACAGCUGCGAGAGUCAGGACAAGGCAGCUGUCUGAUGAGAGUGGUGACCCUCACAGUUCUAUGGAAGCUCUCAGGCAGGACACUGUGGACCAACAGUCUGUAAAACUGUCAUAUGACCCCAACAAGUGUGUUUCACUUUUCAUAUUUAUAUAAAAGACUGAAAUAAAAUAUUGGUAAUUAUAUUUAGAACCUGAGGUCAUAGGUGGAUUGUAAUCUUUCUUUUUACGUAUUAUUAAAACUUAUGUGUGUCUAGAAUUCACAAGUAUUGCUUCUCUAAUUAAGCAAAAGGUCCAGCUCUGAGCAGGGGUCGUGGCGGGGCUGUGCAGGUGGUUCGGAGGCAUUCCAGAAGCACGUGCUGACAGAAAUGGUGUUGAGGCAGUGCCUGCUGGCGGGGGGCAGCAGCAUGGUAGGGCUUCCUGCCCCAGAGGCUGCAGAGGUCAGUGCCAGAGCAAUCCAUGGAGACACCUCAAAAGCUGUUGGCUUCCCAGUCUGAGACCUGGCAGACUUCCAGGCUGAACACUGUCACACAGUGCAGUAUGUGAAUGAGUUCCUCGUUUCUUCCCAGGUUUAUGUGCCUGAUGUCAGCAUCUCUCACUUCAAGACUUCAACCACCUUGCCUUGUCUUGCCUGCUAUCUGCAGCAUGUCCUUUGCUGGUGUCCAGAACAUAGCCUUUCUUUUCUUUAUUUUUUAGUUGUAAACAGACACA